AUGUUCGUGGACACCCUAAGCGCGCAGAGCAGGCAGAGCCUGGCUCGAGCAGCAGCUCCAUCAACCCGCUGGGCACCGGCCGUGCCCGAGCCCGCGGCCCGCAGGGGCCUCGGAGGGAGCGGCCGCUCCGCGGAGCCGGCAGCCCCCAAGGGCAGCGCGUACCGCCGCCGGCGCGGGCGGUGUUUGUGCGCCGUCCCUGCGGCCAGGCUGACCCCGAGCGGGGCACACAGGGAGGCACAGACCUUGCCCAGGGGCCCGCACCGCCCCCGGCCGUCCCCUCACCGCGGCUCCAAGGGCAGAGCGGCCGCUCCGGCCCCGCGCGGCUCCGUUGCUCACCAUGGCAACGCCCGCGGCCGCGGCUCCGUGACCGGCCCAGCGCUCCUCGGGACGGGGCUCGGGGCUCCUCGGGACGGGGCUCGGGGCUUCUCGUGGACAGGCCCGCGGCUCCUCGGGACCGGCCCGCGGCUCUCACGGACGGGGCCCGCGGUUCCCCCGCGCCCCGACCCGGCAGGGACACCCUCAGGGUCCCCUCAGACCUCCCGGCACAGCCCCCGGCCCCGGAGGUUCCCCCGGGCACCCGCUGCGCUGCCCCAGCCCCGGCGCCUCGCCCGGCCCGGCCGCCGGCACCGUGCCCCGGGCCCGCUGGGAGAAGGGGACAGAGCGGAGCAAAGCCGGGGACAGCGGCCGGCCCUGCCCGCCACCACGGCUGAGCUGUCGCCCUCCAAGACCCGCUCCGAAACUCACGAGUUCGGCUCUCUUAAAAUUAAAGCCAUCCCCAGUGAGCUGGCCAGCAGCCAUGGCCCGGGGCCAGGGGUUGCCCUCCGUGUCAGGAGGAGCCCAGAUGCCUGCCUGCCCAACCCAUGCCAGCACCAGGGGCAGUGCCAGGUGCCUGUGGACAGACCAGUCUGCAGCUGCAAGCCAGGCUUCACUGGGGAAUUCUGCCAAGAUGUGGUGCUGAAGCUGGCCUGUGAGGAAGAGCACAUGAAGAUGAUGGUGAGGAAGGAGGUGUUUGAGCUCUUGAAAAUCCCACUGGAGCUCGUCCACUUGAAGAACCAGGCAUGCAAGGUCUCAGAGAAGGAAGAAGAGGGUGAGCUGUUUUUUGCAGCCGUUCUCACAGGUGAAAACCACACUGCCUGUGGAUCAGUAAUCCAGCAAAACAGCUCCCAUGUCUCGUACUCCAACGCCAUCGAGUCGGAGCAGGAGGCCCCCAGGGCCCCCAUCUCCCGCAGUUUUCAGCUGGAGGUGCACUUCUCCUGCAUCUACGCCUACCAGCAGGUUGUGAGACUGCCCUUCGCUCUCACUGCUGUUGACAAGCUGGUACAGCUUGUGGUCAGAGAAGGACACUUCAAUGUCAGCAUGAGACUCUACAAGUCCCCCUCCUACCUCGAGCCUUAUCACCUGCCAAGUGUGGCUGUGCCCCUCACGGACACUCUCUAUGUGCUGCUGAAGAUGGAGGGGCAGCACCAGCUCAAGUACUUCCUGCUCAGUGUUCUGGACUGCUGGGCCACACCGAGCCCAGAUCCACACCAGGACACGCAGCACAAGCUCAUUGAGCAGGGGUGUCCCCAUGACGAGACAGUGACCUAUCUGAAUGCCAUUGGGGAGAGCACCAGUGCCAAGUUCAGCUUCCAGAUGUUCCAGUUUGUUGGUUACCCUGAGAUGUUCCUGCACUGCCGUGUGCAGCUCUGUGUUCCUGACAGCCCAGAGCCCUGUGCCAAGCAAUGCCCCAGGCACGGGAGGAGCAGGCGGGCACUGGCAGAUGACCACAACAGGAUUGUGUCCUACGGGCCCAUCCUCCUGCUGGCUGCUCCUCCCUCAGGAGCUGACAUCCACCGUUCCAGCAGUGACCAGCAGGACCCAGCGGGACCCAGCCCGUGGCUCUCCAGGGCCCUCAUCCUGCUGGGUGUGCUCACCGUGCUCGCCGUGGCUGCUGUGGCCGUCAGCGUGAGGCGGAGGAUGGGUUAG